UUGCAACGCUAUGGAUUUCGACGAAAAAAAUGAAAUACGCGCGGUAUCUCUCCUUAUCUUCAUUUUCUGAUUGUUCAGAGCUCACUCUCCACCACUCAAAUGGCUCUGACCAUAACCAAUGACGGUGCCACGAGAAACUACAGCAAUGGAGAUGGAGAUGAAGAAAAAAGAGAUGGCUCUUAAAGCUUCAACUCUCAUAUCAAUUUCAGAGGCCUUCUUCCUCCAUCUGAUCUGCGCCCUAAGGCUAGCCCUAGCUUUCUGUAUUGCUCAUUAUAUCUACUCCACCGAUCUCAUCUCUGAUCCUUCUCACACUCUCUUCUUGAUUUUGACGGUAUCGUUCAGACCGACAACAAUGCUUGACAAUAAUGAAUCAUGACACAAUGGAUGACGGAGGACUUUAUCUUGGGGCACUCUACUUUUAUACUGUUAUCAUCCUUUUUAAUGGAUUUACAGAGGUGUCAAUGCUGGUGGCCAAACUUCCUGUAAUUUACAAGCAUAGGGAUUUGCACUUUUAGACUGUCAUAACUUUGUUUCUGAUAUGCUUAUUCUGAUAGAAUUUCAAUCUCAAAGUUCUUGAUUGUUUCUAAUUCAUAUAGAAUGUUUAAUCUAUUUUUAGCUGAUCUUGGUGGAUGGACCCGGAUUGUUGUGGAGAAACCUUGUGGAGGCAGGAGCAUAGUGAGCGAGAUUUGGCUAGGAUUACUUUAUACGGGAUUGACAUAGAUGUAAUCUUUUUAAUUGUUCUUAGAGGGGAUGGGGGUUGUUGAUUGUAUUGACAAUGUGUGUAUUAUUUAUUUGAUUGAUGAAUACUUUAUGAGAUUAUAAUAUUGACAAUGUUAAAGAAGUGAAGUUUUUAUAAAGAGAUAUUGGUGGAAAUUUGGUUGAUA